GGGCCCACGUGGCGGCUGGUCGCGCGGUGAAGCCACCUCCGUCUGUCCCGGCGCGCAGACGAGGUCUGGGACGGGACGCGGUCCUCGGGCAAGGAAACGACCCGGAUCGGAGACCUGAAGUCGCUGGUGCUCACCAGUUCGGUGACCUUGACCGAGUGAUUUCCUUAUGAGCCUCAGUUUUCUCCUAAUGAAGUGGGCAUAAUAUUCCCUGUCUUACCUGCCCUGGGGGGUUGUGUGGCUUAGAUGGUGUAGCCGUUGUUGAGGACUUUGGGAUGGGGAUGUGUGAGACGGAACCCUGCAAACGGCGAGGGCCGCUGGGGUCACCCCGCGCCCCGCUCAUCCACCCCUGCCCCCCAGUGGCCGUACUGUGAGAAGCGCUGCAGUUACUGCAAUUUCAACAAGUACAUCCCCCGCGGCGUGGAGGAGGCAGCCAUGCGGAGCUGUCUGGUGACCGAGGCUCAGACGCUGCUGCGACUCAGCGGGGUGCGGAGGGUGGAAUCUGUGUUCUUUGGAGGGGGCACCCCCAGUCUGGCCAGUCCCAGCACUGUGGCUGCUGUCCUGGAGGCGGUGGACCAGGCAGCUCACCUGCCUGCAGACUCCGAAGUCACAUUGGAGGCCAACCCCACUUCGGCCCCCGGAGCCAGGCUGGCAGCUUUUGGGGCUGCAGGGGUCAACAGGUUGUCCAUCGGCCUCCAGUCCCUGGAUGACACCGAGCUCCAGCUGCUGGGGCGGACACACACUGCCAGAGAUGCUCUCCAGACACUGGCAGAGGCCCGGCGCCUCUUCCCCGGCCGCGUGUCUGUGGACCUGAUGCUGGGACUGCCGGCCCAGCAGGUGGGGCCGUGGCUCGGGCAGCUGCGGACGCUGCUGGGCUGCUGUGAUGACCACCUCUCCCUCUACCAGCUGACCCUGGAGCGGGGCACCGCACUCUUCACCCAGGUGCAGUGGGGCACCCUUCCUGCCCCUGACCCCGAGCUUGCUGCUGAGAUGUACCAGGAGGGACGGGCCAUGCUCCGGGAGGCCGGCUUCCGCCAGUAUGAGGUCUCUAACUUCGCCCGGAAUGGGGCGCUCAGUACCCACAAUUGGACUUACUGGCAGUGUGGUCAGUACCUUGGCAUUGGGCCGGGGGCCCACGGGCGAUUUGUGCCCCAGGGGGCUGGGGGCCACACCCGGGAGGCUCGGAUCCAGACCCUGGAGCCGGACAACUGGAUGAAAGAGGUGAUGCUGUUUGGGCACGGCACCCGGAGGCGCGUCCCCCUGGGCCAGCUGGAGCUGCUAGAGGAAGUUUUGGCCAUGGGGCUACGUACAGAUGUGGGGAUCACUCACCAGGGGUCUUCGGUGUUCCUGGGAGGGUCUGGCUGUGCUGGACUCUCUGUUGCUGACCCUCCUGCCUCGACUCCAAGAGGCCUGGCAGCAGAGAACCCCCUCCCCUGUGCAAGGAGGAUGACCAGACGCUCCUGUGUCCCGGGACCAUGCCAGUGGAUUUUUCAGAGCCAAGGCCACUUGUCUUACAGAAUGUCCCGUAUUCUGGGUGUAUCUGUUUGCUAAUGAUUGGGUUUAGGUAAAAUAUUUUUGGCAAGAGUACAUAUAGAUAUCGUGUAGCUCAAGGUACAUAAUGCCAGGUCAGCCCACUCUCACUUGAUUAAGGGGAUGGAUGCCCAGUCUGCCCAUCAUACAAGUACAUUUUUUCCUUGGAGAUGAAUAGAUUAUCAGUAGGGGUGAUACCGUGAGAACAAACGAAUGCCCUGUUCCCUGACAGUCAUUUUGCUGCAGUGUUGUUAGCAUUCACUGCUGAUCCUUGCCGAAAACCAGUGACUACAUUGGGAGGUGCAGAAUGUUCACUCCUGCCUCUAACAUCCUGUCUACGUUUGUAACUGGCAUUCAUCCAUAAAAAAAAGAGCUUUCCCUUUGUUUUUUAAAGGGCUGAAACUCUUAACCUAGAAAUUGUAUGCAGGGUGUGUGUGUAUGUGAGAGAGACAGAUGGGUGAGGGAGAGAGAGAGAAAAGAAAGGGGCAUUUUCCUGUGCAGAGGUUCUGUAACUUUCUUACCUUAUCGUAUCAACGGGUCCUGUGAUGUCAAAAGUAACUUAGUUCCGGUGCUCAUCCGGGCAUGCUAAGCUCAGCCUCUGGCUGGGUGACUAAGGAUGGGGUUCCCUCCACCCUGCAGAUGUGGGAGCACGUGCAGUCCCUGGGUGCCCAGUGGGUGUAUCAGUCCUUCUUUGACCUUGUGGUAACAUGGUUAGUGUUACUACCUCACCUUUAUUCAUGAAAUAUUCAACAAGCACUAAUAGUGUGCUCGGCUUGGCUCAGGGCAUGCAGAGAUGAAUGAGACCCAUCCCAGCCCUCGAGGAACUCACUGCCAUAUUGAUAGAUGUGUCAAGAGAUAAAGUCCCAGGUUAUCGGUAAAGAUGGGCGGGCAGGCUAAGGAAGCGUAAG